AUGUCCGCGCCGCCAGCUUGGCUCUUCUCUAACAACUCCGACGCCGUCGCCGCCGCGACACCUACCGCCGCCGAUCCCAAAACGACGCCAGACCGCCCCUCCACCAGAACGAUGGGAAAGAAGGGUGGCAGCACUGCCGUCGCCGCGCCCGCGGCCCCGGCUUUGCUGAUGGACAUUGUGGAAAGGUUUCUCAAGGAUCAUGCCUUCACCGACGCGCACAAGGCGUUUCGUGCGCAGCGCAAAGAAAAGGGCCUGGUCACCAAGGACAAGGACAUCGUCGUCGCUGGACCGACUCUUGACGAGGUCUUUGCGUGGUGGCAGAGGGCUGCGGCCAAGAUCGAUGAGGACAGUGCAGACAGUUCGGAUAGCUCGGAAAGCAGCGACAGCUCCGAUGACGACGAAAACGAUAGCAGCGACGAGGAAGAGGUGACCAAGAAGCAAGAGGUGACCAAGUCACUGAAGCGCAAGGCUCCAGAGAGUGACAGUGACUCUUCGGAAGAGGAUUCGGAUUCUGAUCUGAGUGACAGCUCGGAUGACGAGGAAGAAGACAAGGAGGAGAAGCCUCAGGCCAAGAAGCAAAAAACAACGAUAACCAUCAAGCUGGGGGAGUCCGAUAACAAGAUGGACAUCGACUCCGCCAGCGACAGCGACAGCGAUUCAUCCGACUUGGACUCCGAUUCCGAUUCCGACAGCGACUCUGACAGCGACUCUGACAGCGACUCUGACAGCGAAUCUGACAGCGACAGCGACUCGUCAUCCUCUGAAGUCGAAAAGGCUGCUGCUGUCUCCCUCCCCUCCAGCGACUCGUCCUCCGCCGACUCGUCCUCCGACUCCGAUUUGUCGUCCUCCAGUUCCGAAGACGAAGCCAAACCACAGGCCAAAAAGGUCAAAAAGGAGAAGUCUACAAAGGACUCGUCCGACUCGUCCGUCACCCUCGACCGCGCCUCCCCCGUGGCCGAGCCCCCUCUGCCCCCCGCGCCAGUCGCCAAGCGCAAGCAAAACGAGCCCUUUUCCCGCAUCCCCAAAAACAUCAAGGUCGACGCGCGCUUCGCCUCCAACGAGUGGGUGCCCAUGGACUACUCGCAGCGCGCGCACGAGGACCUCAUCAUCACAAAGGGCAAGGGCUUCACAAAGGCAAAGAAUAAGAUGAAGAAGGGCAGCUUCCGCGGAGGCGUCAUUGACAUUACCGAGAAAAAAGCCGUCUACUUUGAAGACUAG